UUUCCACAAUAUACUUUGUAAAAUAAACCUCUGGCAGUCUCGUCGUUCCGACUCUUGCUUGCUCAUUCCUCAUCAGACUGUCUCCCAGACGGGGCAAUGUGUGAGAUUAUCAUUUAAGUUGUGCUGAAGCUCUAAAAAUCCACAUUUUGUGUUUGUUUUUGCUGGUAAAAACCACGCUCGUGACGAUAGUUGAAGGAGAGGAAAAAAAAACGUGUUUUCGUGCUUUUUUGUGCUUAUUCUCCACAAAAGUGUUCUUGUGCGGGAAAUCCUCAUUUGAAAAAAAAAUUAAUAAAUAAAAGGAAAAUCCUCUUUUGGCCAAGAUGUCAGCUGAUGCGGAAUUAAGUUCAAUCCUCAGCAGGAGGCAACAAAUAAAUGAUGCCCUGGAAAAUGGGGAAAAUGUGGAAAAUACCUUUAGGAGUGUUAAGAGGAAUAUUUAUACGGAAUUCCAGGAAUUUUCACGGAAGGAAAUUAAGGAGUACCAGGCAACGUUUAACAAGUACGAUGUGGGCCAUGAUGGGUAUUUGGAUUUGGCUGAAUUGAAGAUUAUGAUGGAGAAAUUGGGUGCACCGCAGACGCAUCUGUCGCUGAAGAAGAUGAUCUCGGAGGUGGAUGAGGACAAUGAUGGCAAAAUCUCUUUUCGUGAAUUCCUCCUCAUUUACAGAAAGGCCAAGGCCGGGGAGUUGGCAUCAGAGUCUGGUUUGGAGCAAUUGGCGCGCUUGACGGAGAUCAAUGUGGAGGAGGUGGGCGUCAAUGGGGCGAAGAAUUUCUUCGAAGCAAAAAUUGAGGAGCAGCUAAAGACAAAUAAGUUCCACGAUGAAAUAAGGCAAGAGCAAGAGGAGAAGAAGCGCUUGGAACAGGAGAAAAUACUCAGACGAGCUCAAUUUCAGCAAAAAGCAGCAAUUUUCAAUAAUUAACCCCGUGUGUGUCUGUUUUACCAUGAGAAUUUCGAUGCCAUUGAAUUUUAGGUAGAUUAUUUUUUUUUUCGUGAAAAUUCUUCAUCAUCCAGAGACUUUAGAAGAGCUAAAGGGUUACCAAAAAAGCAACAAGAAAAACUCGGAAGUUUCGUCCACCAAAUUGAACAUAUUUUAAAUAAUAAGAACCGACUGCAGAAUAUUUUUUCUUAUUUUUCAAAUCUCUCUGUUUUAGUAGAUUUUAAUUCUCAGUGUAAAUUACAUUAGAAGAAAUGUGUGUAAAUAGUUGAUGCGUGUCAGCUUGCAGAAUUUUAAAUUUCAGUGUACAAUUUUAUGUGUAAAUAAAAAAAGAAAAAACACAAUAUUUUUAAAUAUUAA